CCUCCGCGCUCUCCGCAGUGUGACACAAGGGAGCAUCCCCGUUCUGUCCCGGCAGUGGGAAAAGGUCACAUUUAUUCAUCUGUGUUCCCUCAAAAAACAAGUCAGUCCUCAUCAUCUCUUUCGGAAGAUCGUCAAGGUGAGAGUAUUAGCGACGGAAGAGCUGGCGUGAAGGGAUCAGCCAUGCUUGGAGGCUUCCCCACAGAUUUGUUGGUCACAGUGACGCUUAUCUUUCUAACUCGGAGUGGAACUCAUUGCAGGGUAGAAAAUGACAUGUCAUCCAUUAAAUUACCCAACUGGAGAAGAGAUUCAGAAUACGUCACACAGUGUUCAUUUAGCAAAAGUGCCGAUGCGGUGUGCAACUGGGCAACGAGACACUACGGAUCAGAUACGACAACGCUGGAUACGAUAGAAAGCGAUGCGCUGGAUCAAGGCAAAGCCUGUCUUGAGUUCUGGUACUUGGCCCCACCUAAUGCUUUGAAACUUCGAGCUUUGCUCAUAAGCACCACUGGAACCGUCGCGGAAAUCUGGACGGCGCCCGACCUGUCACGAGAUUCUUGGCGACAGGUUUUUGUGCCAUUAAACAUCAUUGAGUCCGGGACGAAGGUUGUCCUUGAAGCAGUCCGAACUGUGUCCUUGGAGAAUCGGGUCACAUUUAACAGCAUUGGAGUAAGGAGAGGCUCUUGUGGACCCCAGUGUGAUCCAAACCAGGAGAUAUGGACGGACCGGUCCACUCGCUGCGUCUGUUCAGACAGGCAGCUUUACUGCGCUCCCUCUCCAUGUCCUAAGGGUCAAAGCUGCAAUCCUCAAAUACGAAGCCCCAGGGAGGUGUCCAACACCGGGAUGUGUACUAUACAUAGCAACACAGACUGCAGCACCUUUGAUGGAGUGUUAUUCCGCUUCAUGGCCCCCUGCAACUACAUACUGGCCAAGACCUGCUCUUCCUCUGAGGCUUUGUCCACCUUCAGCGUGGAAGUGCUCAGUGACCAUGAUGGGAAUUCAUCGCUUCCAGCUGUGCAGCGGGUCAUCGUGACUGUGGGGAAUGACAGAGUGUCUCUUCUGAAACGGCAGACGCACAGAGUUGUGGUCAACGGGAUCUGGAGGAAUCUUCCACUCAGCUUCAGGAGUAAGACUAUUAAAAUCAAGAGUAACCAGGCAGCGGUUGUACUUGAAACCCGCUUCGGCCUGUCCGUGUCAUAUGACAAUGCGGGCGAUGUACAUAUAUCGCUGCCAAGCGUUUACUCUGAGAAAGUCUGCGGCUUAUGUGGAAACUUUAACCAUCUCCAAGAAGAUGACUUGAGAAAUCCUGACGGAGCACCUGCACACGAUGCCACAGAUUUGGCUAACAGUUGGCAGAGCGGGCAAACAAACUCCACCUGUGACACAAUUCUAGUUCCUCAUCAGUGUGACCCUGUGGAAGAGACCGAGUAUGGCAAUGAGCUAAACUGUGGAGCCCUCCUCUCCAGUAGUGGGCCGUUUGCAGCAUGCCGAUCCGUUCUGGGAGCCGAAAGCUACUUCAGGGGAUGUUUGAACAAAAUGUGCUCCGCUCACGGUGACCCUUCAGUGCUCUGUGAGACAUUGGGGAAGUACGCCGACACCUGCGGGGAUGCUGGAGUCGCUGUGCCUGCGUGGUGGAACUCGACAAUCUGCCCUCCACAGUGUGGUGAGAACAGUCAACACAACUCGUGUGCAAAGGGAUGUCCCGACGCGUGCUCCGGUGAGGACAUCGUGGGAUCUUGUGGAAGUUGUGAGGAAAGGUGCGAGUGCGACGAAGGCUUCAAACUCAGCGGGGGCAAAUGUGUUCCAGUCGAGGAGUGUGGGUGUUGGCAUAAAGGCAAACACUAUGAAAGAGGCCAAACGAUCUUGGAAGGAGAGUGUUUGCAGCUGUGCCAAUGCAUGGGUGGCAAUAAUAUCCAGUGCACUAAAAUGCAAUGCGCCAGAAGUGAAGUUUGUAAAGUGGAGGACGGGGUGAAAGGAUGCUUCCCGAUCGAACCCGCCACCUGUAGCGUGUAUGGCGAUCCGCACUAUGUCACAUUUGACGGGAUGGCGUAUGACUUUCAAGGAGGAUGCAGUUACACACUGGCUACCACAUGUGGAGCGGGGAGCUCAGUCCAUUUCACGGUGACCGGUCACAACAUGCAUCCUCCGCUUCAUAACUUCACCUGGUCCAAGCUGGAUGCUGUGACUCUGCAAAUUGAGGAUUUGCACCUCACGUUGAAUCAGAGUGCCAAAGUCUAUGUCAAUACAACUUAUGUCAGACUGCCUUAUUCCAUUGCUGCCUCUUAUGGGUCUGUCUGGAUUUACGAGAAUAAUAGCUAUGUUGUCUUGGAGACAACCUUUGGACUAAGAAUGGUGGUCGAUGGGCAGAACAGAUUGUUCUUGCAGGUGGAUGACAGCUACAAAUAUCAACUGUGCGGCCUGUGCGGUACCUACUCCGAACAGCAGGAUGAUGACUUCAUCAAGCCAAGCGGCCAAAAUGCCACAGAACCGUUUGAGUUCGCCGAUAGCUGGAGGGCCCCGCACAAUAACGGAUGCGUUUCCCAUCCAAAUGAUCCCCAACGCUGUGAAAAUGAGGAAGAGGAGAAUGAGGCUUACACCGAGUGUUUCGCUAUCCUCGGGGCUCCUUUCAAGCCCUGCCAUGAAACCAUUCACCCAAGCGUCUACAUCAAUAGUUGUGUUCACGACUAUUGUGCCGCAAGUCGCAACCAACACGCCUUGUGUGAAUCAAUUCAGUCCUAUGCAGUUGCUUGCCGUGUGGCAGGAGUGGCGCUACCCGAUUGGCCGACAGGUUCAGCCUGUGCCGAAUCCCAAACGACAGAAAAUCCUCCAAUAACUUCGCCCUCUCCAACUCUUCCAUCUCAAACACCAGAGCCUGCUUCGUGUCCCCUGAACUGUGACUUUGAGAAAAAUUUGUGUGGCUGGCAGCAACUCAUACAGGACACCUUUGAUUGGACGCGAUAUUCCGGUGCCACCCCAACAAUCGGAAGCGGGCCAAAUCACGACCACACCACUGGCGCGGGAUUCUACAUGUACAUUGAGGGUGACAGUGCAACACAAGGAGACCCAGCUCGUCUGUUGAGCUCAGAGUGCCAUUACAGUGGCCCGGUCUGCCUCCAAUUCUGGUACCAUAUGUACGGCUCUGCCACGGCCAUGACCCUUAAUAUGUACCUGCUCCAAGGAAAUAUAGCUACCAAGAUAUGGUCCAUAAAAAACAACCAUGGGCAAGAAUGGCAUCUAGGACAAGUCGAUAUCGAUGUCUUCAGUCCUUUUCAGAUCAUUGUGGAGGGCAUCAGAGGCUCCGAUGCUCGAUCAGAUGUUGCAAUCGAUGACAUUUCCAUCCAGUUCGACUCUUGCUCAAGUAGUCUGGGAGGUGGACCUCCUUUAACUACAGAAGUACUUCCCUCCGACCCAGUUUGUAGCCUGAAUUGUAGCUUCGAUCAGAAUUUCUGCGCCUGGAAACAGAUGAUGACAGAUGCUUUUGACUGGACAUGGCAAAGUGGUUCUACGCCGACCCUAAUGACGGGCCCCUCCUCUGACCACACUGGAGAUGGUCACUACCUCUACAUUGAGGCCAGUACCGUGUCACAUGGCGAUACAGCUCGUCUCAUCAGUUCCGAAUGUGCUGACUCCGGUUCCCAUUGCCUGCAGUUCUGGUACCAUAUGUACGGCUCGGCCGAUACUAUGGGACUCCAUCUAUAUUUACUGCAGGACAAAAAGGCUGAUGCCAUUUGGUGGAAAAGGAAUGAUCAAGGAAAUAUGUGGCACUUGGCUCAGGUGGACCUGACAGUUGCAGGAGCUUUCCAGAUCAUCAUAGAGGGGCGCAGGGGCUCCAAUAAAGAAUCUGAUGUUGCAAUCGAUGAUGUAACACUUUACCAUGGACAAUGUUCAGAUCAAUUCCCUGUUACAUCUUGGCCCCCUGUGGCAAAUGCCACAGAACAUCCUGUCAUUAAAGCAACGACUCAUUUGAUUAUUGAUGAUGUUGUUAGUGGAGCUGCACAGAACAACAGACCACCACAGCCAGAAUGCCAACUCAACUGUAAUUUUGACAAAGACCUAUGCCAAUGGGAGCAGCUGGUUACUGAUGCAUUUGACUGGACACGCCAAAGUGGCUCAACCCCUACCCUCCUGACAGGGCCCUCUUCAGAUCACACCACAGAAUAUGGCCACUAUCUUUACAUUGAAGCCGACAGCGCAUCACAUGGAGACACAGCUCGUCUCAUCAGUUCAGAGUGCUCUGCUUCCGGUCCUCAAUGUCUGCAAUUCUGGUACCAUAUGUCCGGCUCGGCCGACACUAUGGGCCUCCAUCUAUAUUUACUGCAGGACAAAAAAGCGGAUCCUGUUUGGUGGAAGAGGAAUGAUCAAGGAAAUAUGUGGCACUUGGCUGAGGUGGAUUUGACUGUGAAAGGAGCUUUCCAGAUCAUUUUUGAGGGUCGACGAGGUUCUAAUGAGCAGUCAGAUGUGGCCAUAGAUGACAUUUCCCUUUUCAGUGGGCGCUGUUCAGACCUGACUGAACCUACCACCCCUGCAUCCAUGACAACUCCUUCAGUUACAACUGAAGGUUUUGAACCUCCGGCAGGAAACAUAUCAACGACACAACCACCAACAUCUACAGUAAAAACCACCACAAUUGAACCUCAGCCAACCGUCACAGCUCGCCCAUCAUCAACCGACCACCCAGUCGACGAAGGAACCGAAGAUCCGGGACCCGAACCAACAACUGAAGAAGUGACGCCACCCAUGACGUACCCUCAAACCACAACUAGACGCACACCUCUAACAACAGAAAGCUUCGAUCCGACAACUGGAUCACACCCGGAAACUCCAAACAAAACUCCACCAGUAACAGUCGAUGAAGGAACCGAAGAUCCAGGACCCGAACCAACAACUGAAGAAGUGACGCCACCCAUGACGUACGCUGACACCACAACUAAACCCACACCUCUAACAACAGAAAGCUUCGAUCCAACAAUUGGAUCACACCCCGAAACUCCAAACAAAACUCCACCAGUAACAGUCGAAGAAGGAACCGAAGAUCCGGGACCCGAACCAACAACUGAAGAAGUGACGCCACCCAUGACGUACCCUCACACCACAACUAGACGCACACCUCUAACAACAGAAAGCUUCGAUCCGACAACUGGAUCACACGCGGAAACUCCAAACAACACUCCACCAGGAACAGCUGGACCUCCAUCAACCACGAGUUCUGAACCUCAGCCUCCAAACGCAACAACUGAACCACAGUCGACAAUGACCCACAAACCACAACAUCCAAAUGCAUCUCAACCGGCGACAACCGGUAGACCACAGCCCCCAACGACACCUGAAUCGACAGCACCUCCCUGCCAACGGAAUAGUCAUUACAGCGCUUGUAUCCCGGCCUGCGGUCCAACCUGCAGAUUUUUGAACGGUCCACCGCAUUGUAACGACAGCGGGGUUUGCGAGCCGGGGUGCGUGUGUGACGACGGCUAUGUGCUGAAACGGGGAGUUUGUGUGCCGAUCCGACAAUGCGGAUGCGUGGACAGAGACGGUAAUAAGUACACGUUGGGACAAGUGUGGUACACCAAACACUGCCGUCACAAAUGUAGAUGUGAGAAGGAAGAGGACGGCGCGGAGAUUGAGUGCGAUGAAGAAGAGUGCGACGGAAAUGAUGUUUGCCUUCAAAAUGAAGAAGGGCAUUAUUACUGCCAGAAAACGGGUUUUGAUGAGUGCAGAAUCAAUGGAGACCCCGGGUACAGGACCUUUGAUAACAUGAAGCAUGACUUUGAGGGAGAACACUCCUAUGUGCUGGUCCGAACCAGAAACUUGCCCAUUAAUCUCCAGGAUGUUUACAUAGAGGGCAUCAAUACACCCGAUGAUGAUGAUGAUGAUGAUGAUGAUGAUGAUCAAAGUCGUGAAGAUGACGACGACGAGGAUGAAAGUAACGAUCAUGAAGAACACCACAGAUUGCAAAGUCUCAAGAUCAAAGUGUACAAUCACACUGUGGAAUUCAAGAAGCUUCAGAAGUUGUUUGUGGAUGGACGGAGAACUAAGACACCUGUUUCACCCUCGCUUGGUCUAAACAUUAGGAAGCAUUCGUCUCACAUUUAUCUCACGACCGACUUUGGUCUUUCCGUCAAGUUUGAUGGACACAGUGACGCAGAAAUCACUCUACCACGAACAUACAAAAGAAAAGUGGGAGGCCUGUGCGGAAACUUCGACGGGAGAAUUUUGAAUGACAGGAUGAAACCGGACGGCACCGUGGCCAAGUCUGUUCAAGAGUUUGGGGAGAGCUGGAGAGUGUGACAAAGUAAUGGAUGAGAAAACUGCAGUCCGAAAAGCCUGUCGGGAUAUCGCUGACCCACAAUGUUUACCCUCAUCUAAGUUGUUAUUUUCUUCAGACCGAGCUAAACCUGAAGAGUCAAUAGCAUGUAUCAGUGUACACGGUUAACAUCAUGUUUGUUGGUACCAUGCCUGAAUUCAUUAAACUCAACUCGCUAUACCACAA